UCUUGUAUCUUUAAGGUGGAUGUUGGUUUCUUCUUGGGCUGCUCUUACUGGGCCGAAUAUAGUGUGAAAAGUGAGUCUUAUUUGACUCAUUUUUGUUGCUUUGACCGAGUGAUUGGAGAGAGAGAGUAAGAGUCUUUGACACUUUGUUUUGGUUCAUAUUGUGCUCUUGGUUGUUGGGCCUUAAACAUAAAUAUUGCAAUUGUUAAUUUUUAAUAAUACUAACUAUUUUGUGGACAUAAAAUAAUAAUUUUUAAAAAAUACCAAUUUGCAUAAAGUAUUAACUUGUUUCUUUAAGUGUGUUGGUCAAACAAAAAUUUCCAACAAAUAUCAACAACAAAUGAGUCCUACCAAACUUAUGAUAUUGAUUAGUAGGGUUUCAAACAAAAACAAUAUGAUUAUACGAAACUAAGUGAUGAAAGAUGGGUAUUUUUUUUGGGAAAUUUACACCCAUUACUGUUUUUUCCCAAUUUCUUUCUUUUAUACUGUUACACGCUCAAAUUAACUUUUAUACUUUUUUUUUUUUGGCAGUAUACUGCCUUUCAAACUUUAUUAUGUAAUGGGCUGAUGCUUGCCACUUGUCACGAUAGGGUUUUGCCACGUUUUUUUUUAAAAAAAAAAUAUAUUUUUAAUUGUUUGAUUUGACGGUUUUCUAUUCUUAUCAAAAGGUAUUGUACUUUUGCAUUUUUCUUUUAUUUUUUUUUAUUAUUUUCGAAUAUAAAAUUUAUAAUUAUAACUCUCUCUCCCCUCAACUGUUCAUCUUCUUCCUCAUUUUCAAUUUUCUUUUACGGUUGUAGUAGUGGGUGGUUUUAGCAUUUUAAAAAAUUUCAAAUCCCAUCCCACUUUCUUAAACUUCCCUCUCACUUUCCCUCCCAUUUUUAUUAUUUUUGUCAAUAAAUACCUUCAUAGUUCCUGAUAAUGGUCGUUACUCGUUCAUCACCAUCUCCGGCUAAAGUUACAAAAUCCACAAAACAAUCGCAGAAAAUCAGACCCAAAUCAAAAAUGGGUAAAAAAAAUAUGAAAGAGAACCCUCCUAGCCCCACUUCCCCUUCUGUUAAAAGAAAAACUCUUGCUGGACCUUCGAAGAACACUCGAGGAAAAAGACCUCGAAUUGUUGUUGAAAAUUCAGACUCAGAUUUUGAGUUGGAUUCUGAAUUUCUUAAGUCGCCUGUAUCUGUUAAGGUAUUUUACUAUUUAUCUUUUGUUGUUUUUGAGGUUUUUUGUUUUUUUUUGUUAAAUUCGAUUUUUGAAGUUCAUAUAUCAGGGUAUAUGUUUGUUUUUAUCUCUGUAUUUGUAAUGGUUUUAUAUAUCUUGUUUGAUUUAUUUAUGUGUUUUUGUUAAUUUUUUAUUUGUUGUUUUGUUGGUGUUAUUUUAUUUUAUUGUAGGGCAAGGGUAAAUCCCCUGUAAAUGUGUUGCCAUCAUCAAGUGUGGCUGAGGAAAUUCCUGUUAAUAGGAUUGUUGAGGAUUGGGAAUGCAAGUACACCCGAUCUCAAUUCUAUCAUUCUAGAGUAGUAACAUCUGGGUAUUACUCUGUACUUGGAGACAUUAAGAGAAUUCUAACUGAAUGCCAAUUGGAAAUUUUUUCAAAAUCUGUGUUUGGUUAUUUUCUUCGGAUUUCGGAGUACAUAAUUCAUUACCAAUUGCUUCAUUAUUUGCUGUUGAGGGAGGUUCAGCAGCCUAAUGGGUUGGAGUUUUGGGUUUGUGUCCAAGGGAAAUACCUUAGGUUUAGUAUCGAAGAGUUUGCGUUGGUCACUGGGUUAGAUUGUCAUGUUGAUUCUGAUUUUUAUCAGUUUAAGCAAGAUGAUAAUGAAUUGGUCAAACAUUGUUUUAAGGGGUACAAAAAAAAUUACCAAGGGUGCUAUUCAGACUGGUUUUAUUGCUGACAAUCUUAAGGAUAACGACGAUCUUGCAGUCAAGUUGGCUGUAUUGUAUUUUGUGCAGUGUUAUUUGUUAGGUGGUCCCCCGGGUAAAGUUGUUUCGUCUGAGGAAAUAGAUGUUGUCGAUAGUGGUCGAUAUAAUGAAUUUGGUUGGGGAAAGCAUUGUUUUGAUAUCACUAUGCAUUCUUUGAAGGGUAAGAUAGAUUCUGGUUAUAAGAGGGUAGUUCGUAGUGACGAGGAUGGUGGGUAUUACAUAUUAUUGGGUUUUCCUUUGGCUAUUCAAUUCUGGUUUUUCGAGUGUUGCCCGUAUGUUAUUGGGAAACUGUCGUUGUACUCAAAUGUUGGCAUUCCAAGGAUUUUGAAUUGGCCUAAAUUACCCAAGGACAAGGAGGGUCAGGUGAAAAUGGAUGUCAUGAACACCCUCAUUUUCGAUCGGUCUUUGAAAGAGUUAAAAUUAAGAAACAUCACUCCAACUUCCGUUGAGAGAUUGAGUUUGAGCCUCACUGAUUUUUUCUCUGGUGAGACUACUCCCGAGGCUGUCAAAUUCAAAAUUAAAGCCUAAACAGUCUCAAGGUGGGGAGGAGAACAUUGAUGUUGAUGCAACAAUUGCAUCUGGUGUUAAAGCUGUGGAGAAUUUGAUUGGUUCCUCAACUCAUGUCCCUGCUUCUGUUGAGACUUCUGAGAAGACUGAUCUUGAAAUGUUUGUUUUUCAAGAGACUCCUAUUUUACGUCCUCAAAAGAGGGAUCGGAAGAAAGGAGCUGUUUUGAAAUCUCCAUUCAUUGAGCUUGCUUCUGGUGCAUCUAAAUCAGGUUCAUCCUCAGUUUCUCCUGAUGAUUCUGUGUAUAAGGUCGUUAAAUAUGUGAGUGGUUUGUGCCCGUUGGACAACAACAUUGGUGAACCUGUCGAUCCGCAAUUGGAAGCUGAGUUUGUCAAGUGGGUUGAUACAGGUCUUCAAAAGCAUAAAUCUAACACAACAACUAAUGUGUAUUGUAAGGGUAAGGACAAAAUAUUUCCGCCUUUUCGUUUUGGUGUUGAGGACAUUAGCAACAAGAUGUGGUUUCACAACCUUGCCUACCCUAAUUGUUUCCUUACCAAUUCUCACAUUGACAUUAUUUUCUAUUAUCUUCGUAAGAAAAUAAUGUACUCAGCCGAGCCGAAAAUCAAAGUCACCACAACUGAUUGCCUCUUUUGUUCUAGCAUAACAAGUUUGUAUGAGAAGUUUGUUGAGAAAAACAAUGAUAUAUCGGUGUUGUCUCUUUCUCACAAUGUGACCCAGUACAUUCAAGGUGGUAAGAUAUUAUGUGCCACUCCUUGGCAUUUGGUUGAUCAUGUUGUUAUGCCUAUCAAUGUAAAAUUACAGGAUCAUUGGAUUUGUGGUCGUCUAAACAUAGCUGAGCGGCGGAUAUAUCUGUACAAUUCAUUGCGUUCUGGAAGGUAUAUGACAGUUGCCAAAGAGGCUUGCAAGCCUUUUUCUGUUAUUUUACCAUAUUACUUCUCUAUGUUAGACUUCAAAGGCCUUCGCAACGAAGCUAAGUUUAGCACUAUGGAACCGUUCCCUAUUGUUGCUGUUGAUGGUUUACCCGAGCAGGUCACAGCUGAUUGUGGUGUUUUUGUAGCAUCAUUUGCUGAGUAUUUCAUUGAUGGCAAACCCAUCCCAUUCUUUGGUUUUGAUGUGGAAAUUCACCGCGAUCGUUUGGCUGUGUUAUUUUAUCAAUAUGGCAUGAAGAAGCAAACUGAGAACAUUGAAAGUGAAUCCGAGGCCCCUCCCAGCCUUCCCAAGAAGUGAUUUGUUUUUUCAAUCAGACUGUCAUUGUUCUUAUAGUUUUUUAAUGUUUUUAUGUUUUUUUAUGUUGUUUUUCGUAAACAAACAUUGGUGUUCUGUUAUGUUUCCUUACGUUUUGUGUGGACAAUAUGUAAUCUUUAUUUUUGUAUGUUUUUUCUUAUUCUUCUUAUGUACAAACAAGUUGGUAUGUUAAAGUUGUUAGUUUUUUCAUUUCA